AUGCCUCGUGGAAUUAAAAAUCAUUUACUGUUCGAAAUUGCAACUGAAGUAGCUAAUAGAGUCGGUGGUAUUUAUUCUGUUUUAAAAUCAAAAACACCAGUAACUGUUCAACAAUAUCAUGACAAAUACCAUUUAAUAGGACCUUUAAAUUUUGAUACGUAUCAAAAUGAAGUCGAAACUAUAGAUAUUUAUGACAUCAAUAAUUUCAUCUCAAAAGAUAGCUCUGAUUCAAAUAAUAGUGAUGAAGAUCCAGAUGGAUUAUUAGCAGUUAGGGACACUUUGAUCUCCAUGAAAGAAAAAAAUGUUAAUUUCGUCUAUGGUAGAUGGUUAAUUGAAGGUGCUCCUCGUGUAAUUUUAUUCGAUUUGAAUUCAUUACAAGGAUAUCUAAAUGAUUGGAAAUCUGAUAUUUGGAAUUUAGUCGGUAUUCCAACACCUGAAAGCGAUCUUGAGACUAAUAACGCAGUGUUAUUAGGGUAUGCUGUAGUCUGGUUUUUAGGCGAAUUGGUCACUAGAGACUCAACUCAUGCUAUUAUAGCCCAUUUCCACGAAUGGCUAGCAGGUAUUGCUUUGCCUUUAUGUAGAAAGAAGAGAAUUGACGUAGUUACAAUUUUUACUACUCAUGCAACAAUUUUAGGAAGAUAUUUAUGUGCUUCUGGUGAAACUGAUUUUUAUAAUACUUUACAAGACAUUGAUGUAGAUCAUGAAGCAGGUAAAUUUGGUAUUUAUCAUCGUUACUGUAUCGAGAGAGCCGCUGCACACACUGCUGACGUCUUCACGACUGUGUCUCAAAUAACAGCAUUUGAAGCGGAACAUUUAUUGAAGAGAAAACCUGAUGGUAUUUUACCAAAUGGUUUAAAUGUUACAAAAUUCCAAGCUGUUCAUGAAUUCCAAAAUUUACAUGCUGUCAAAAAAGAAAAAAUCAAUGAUUUUGUCCAAGGUCAUUUCCAUGGUUGUUAUGACUUCAACUUAGAUGACACCUUGUACUUCUUUAUCGCUGGCAGAUAUGAAUAUAAAAAUAAGGGUGCUGACAUGUAUAUUGAGGCCUUAGCAAGAUUAAAUUAUAGAUUAAAAGUUUCUGGUUCUAAAAAGACUGUCGUUGCUUUUAUUAUCAUGCCAGCAAAAACUAAUUCCUUUACUGUCGAGGCAUUAAGAUCACAAGCAGUUGUAAAAUCAUUGGAAAAUACAGUAAAUGAAGUGACGAAGUUAAUCAGCAGGAGGAUUUUUGACCAUGCAAUGAAGUAUCCACAUUUUGGUAUCAACAAUGAAAUCCCAACAGAUUUGAAUGAGCUGUUACACGACAGUGACAAAGUUCUAUUAAAGAGACGUGUCUUAGCUUUAAGAAGACCUUAUGGACAAUUGCCUCCAGUCGUUACUCACAAUAUGUGCGAUGAUGAUGCCGACCCAAUUUUAAAUAAAAUCAGACAUGUUCAGCUUUUUAACAAUCAAUCAGAUCGUGUGAAAGUUAUAUUCCACCCAGAAUUCUUAAAUGCUAACAACCCAAUCUUAGGUUUGGAUUAUGACGAAUUCGUUCGCGGUUGUCAUUUAGGUGUAUUUCCUUCCUAUUACGAACCUUGGGGUUACACUCCUGCAGAAUGUACUGUCAUGGGUGUUCCAUCAAUCACUACAAAUCUAUCCGGUUUUGGUGCUUAUAUGGAAGAUUUAAUUGAGAGAGACCAAGCUAAAGAUUAUGGUAUUUAUAUUGUCGACCGUCGUUUCAAAAAUCCAGAUGAAAGUGUUGAGCAGUUAGUCGACUAUAUGGAAGAAUUUGUUAAGAAAAAUAGAAGACAAAGAAUUAAUCAAAGAAACAGAACUGAAAGAUUAUCUGAUAUAUUAGAUUGGAAGAGAAUGGGUUUAGAAUAUAUUAAAGCUCGCCAACUUGCAUUAUACAGAGCUUACCCAGAUGUUUUCAAGCAAUAUGCAACCGCUAAUGGUGAAGAAGAUAAUAUUAAUGACACUGAUAUGUAUUCCAUGGCCGGAGAUAAAAAAAUAAAAAUCAAAAGAUCUCUAAGUGUACCAGGAUCACCAACAGAUUUCCGCUUAAGAUCAGGUAGCAUAACACCAUCAACUGUUUAUAUGACUCCUGGUGAUUUAGGAACCUUGCAAGAUGCAGUCAAUGCCGAUGACUACUUUGUUUUGAGUAACGAUAAGGAAUUUGAUGAUGAUGAAGCUUAA